AUGGCAGUCGUUCGUCCUGUGGAUCUGAAGGAGCAACCGGCUCCUUACCAGCACCGAUUCAAGGUUCUUCAAAAGAUUUUAGAAUCUCUUGAGAAGAAUGAGUCCAAAACGAAACCAGCUGGUGUGAAUCUCGCAGAGCGAGCAACACAGUUGGAACGUGAAAUAGCCCAAAAAAGUACAUCGAGCCAAAGCUAUCGAUUCAACGCGAGUUUGCUGUUGAGAGAUAUAGUAAAGGGGAAAAUACAGCAGGGGGAGUCCAUUGAAGGGAGCAAGAAAAGGAAACUCGGGCAAAGUUUUGAACUGACUCGCAACCAAGUCAUGGAAAUGCUCUCGGCGAUUUUAAUCGAUGAAAAAACGUUGCUGCAGAAUGGGUACUUUCUACCGGAUUCUCGAUUGGAAGAUGAAGAUCAUGAGUUUUCUGGUAAUCGCGGCGUUGCGUUUACAGACUGCGUUAGGUGCAGCACGCGAUUCAAAAAGGACGAUAUUUUGAGCCCUACUACUUGCCGGUAUCACCUUCAUAGGAAACGGUACAACCGCGACACUAAAGAAAGUGUCUUUCCCUGCUGCGGCGAAACGACUUCUUCGAGUUCCCUUUUGGCGCUUGGUUGUAAGACGCAUCAGCACCACGUCUUUCGCGCGGAGACUUUGGGCGAGCUGGCAAAAAUAUCUGAAUUUAAAAGUACAGCACAAAUCGAAGGAAACUGCAAUGUUCUGGCACUCGAUUGUGAAAUGGCAUAUACAUCAGCUGGUUAUGAGCUUAUAAGGCUGACAGUUGUCGAUUUUUUCACCAGCGAGGUGCUCUAUGAUGAAAUCGUUAAACCGUUUGGGACCGUCAUUGAUCUCAAUUCUGAAUUUAGUGGUGUGCAUAGUAUUGACGAUGAGACUGCAUCCAGUUUUGAGCAAAUGCUCACCAAGGUGCUGAACAAAACCCUCAUCAACCGAAACAGCAUAUUAGUGGGCCAUGGUCUCGAAAAUGAUCUUAACGUAAUGAGAAUUUUGCACCGGAAAAUUAUCGACACCGCCAUCCUAUACCCCAGAGGGCGAUUCAAGUCCUCAUUGAAAAAUCUCGCAUUCGAGAUCAUAAGCAGGCGCAUCCAGGUCGGAGAGCACGACAGUUCUGAGGAUGCCAUUGCCACAAUGGACGUCAUAAAGGCAAAACUUGGAAUACCGUUAGCCCAGAAGACCUGGAAGUGA